UUAAAAGCGGAGCUUUCCUCCCCUCUCUACCCAAUCUGCAACCUCGCCUUCCCCGUCUCCUCUCUUCUCCUUGUCCAGCUCGAUUCCGUCGCGGUUCACCUCGUCUCCAACUCCGACAGGCGCCAGCGCGUUCCUCUGCUCGUUCCGCCGCCGGGACACCUCGGGCGGCCUCCCGACCUCGCCUCAGUGGUGGAUCCGCCCCUGCUCGUGGUGAUGUUUAAUUGGUAGUCAGUAAUGUUGAUGCAACUGUUCUAUUAUGGUUGUGGGCGUCACGACCUGUGGUCCAGGUGGGAUGCGAUUAGGUCUGCUUGCUUACAGUGAGAUAUGGCGCCCUGCAAUUAUUAGGUUUUGAGCGUCACACUAGAUACUUUCUUAUGGCAUCUGAUAUGAGACCACUUAGUGGCAAAAAGGUUGAGAUACCCUCCCGUGGCCUUGAGAACUGUGUAGUUUCUGAUCAAGCUUGUCAUGGCAAAUGCGAAAGCUGUGACGGUGAUGGAAAAUCGUCUUGUGCUGGAGCGAAUGCCAUUUCCUCGUUGAUUGAGAGUCAUAAUGAGGGGAAGGCUUCGAAAGAGAACUCUGGAGCCUGCAGUUUUAACUGUGAUCAUGCUGAUGCUAUAGUAGAAGAGGUUAGACGUUCUAUAGCAAGGUCAGGGCAUGUUGAGAGCGCUGACCGUGAUGUCUGUCUGGAUGGCAAAAGUGGGAGCUGCAUGGCUGGUGAUGAUCUACCACAAGAGUCUGAGAGAGAACAAGCUGGGGGCACAGUGGACGAUCUUUUUUUCUUUAAUGACGAAGAGGAAGAUGACAGUGACUGGGAACCCACUACUCACCUUGUUGUGAAUAGGUGGUUUUGCUUGAACUGCACAGUGCCAAACAUGGACGAGCUUGCAUAUUGCCUGAAUUGCCAUGAGCUUAAGGGAUCUGAUGUAGCUGGAUAUGAUGUUUUCAAAACUCAAAUUGCAGAGGCAGCUUUGGUAUCUGCUGACAAAGAAUUGCAGGCAUCUACGGCGAUUGGUUUUGACGAAAGAAUGCUGCUCCACUGUGAGAUAGAAGUUAAGCCAAAUCCACAUCCAGAAAGACCAGACCGCAUUCGCGCAAUUGCUGCUAGUCUUGCUGCUGCAGGAGUCUUUCCCUCAAAAUGUGCUUUGGUACCUCCUCGAGAAAUCACCAAGGAGGAACUCCUAAUGGUCCAUACUCCAGACCACAUCGAAAGUGUCGAGCAGACAAAGAACAUGCUUUACAGUUAUUUCACUUCGGAUACUUAUGCAAAUGGGCACUCAGCAUGUGCCGCCAAACUUGCAGCAGGACUAUGUGCUGAUCUUGCUAGCUUGAUAAUAUCCGGGUGUGUUCGCAAUGGCUUCGCAAUGGUGAGACCUCCUGGGCAUCAUGCAGGGGUGAAGCAAGCAAUGGGUUUUUGUCUUCACAACAAUGCAGCAGUGGCUGCAUUAGCUGCACAAAGAGCAGGUGCCAAGAAAGUCCUCAUAGUUGAUUGGUUUUCUCAAUUAUUAUUGCAGGAUGUGCACCAUGGAAAUGGAACACAAGAGAUAUUUGAAGGGGAUAAAUCAGUCUUGUACAUAUCGUUACAUCGUCAUGAGGAUGGAAACUUCUACCCUGGAACUGGAGCAGCACAUGAGGUGGGAAUUCGUGAUGGUCAAGGAUUCUCAGUUAAUGUACCUUGGAGCCGUGGUGGUGUUGGAGACAAUGACUACAUCUUUGCUUUUCAGAACAUUGUGCUUCCAAUAGCUGCAGAAUUUGCCCCCGACAUCACUAUAAUAUCUGCAGGAUUCGAUGCAGCUAGAGGUGACCCUCUGGGUUGUUGUGAUGUCACUCCAGCUGGAUACUCUAGGAUGACAUCCAUGUUAACUGCUUGCUCUGAGGGAAGAUUGUUGGUGAUACUUGAGGGAGGAUACAAUCUUCGGUCGAUAUCCUCAUCAGCUACUGAAGUUGUUAAGGUCCUAGUUGGGGACGGUCCAAGUUUUGAUGCAGUUGCAACUGCACCAUCAAAGGAGGGCUUGAAGACUGUUUUAAAAGUCCUGAAGAUUCAGCAACAAUUUUGGCCAGUUUUAGGUCCAACCUAUGCAUCACUGCAGGAACAGCAGGGGUCGGUUUUUUCCAAAUAUACUUACAAAGGAAACGAGUUGAAGAAAAGGAAGCAUUUAGGAGGACCAGGGCCCUUCUGGUGGAAGUCGGGAAGUAAAAGGCUUCUGUACGAAGCGCUAUUCGAGGGCCGCCGUCUGAGAAAGAUCAAGGUGACAGGGAAAGGAAAAGCAGUUGAUACAGCAGAACCUUAGACGUGUGAUGAUGCUGAAGCCUGACCGUUGAUCUUCUAGACAUGAACAGCAUAGUGGGCUGACUUUGGUUCCUGAAGCAGAUUAGCAUGCAUUACUUAGAACCAAAUUUUGACUGGUUACUUGAAUGGUUGUCGAUCCUUUUAGGUGAAGUUUAACAGCAAACCUGUUUUGUUGACAUGUGUGGUGUAUCAGCCGAUCUAUCAUGUUUUCCGUUCUUGGUGGCUCAUAACAUACUAGAUUUUAGCCCCCUAGCGCUAGCAACAUAGCCUGAUUGGAGUUUGCAUUUCUAUCGAGUUAUUACAAUGCCAUAAUGUAUGUAGCCAAUCGUCUAUGGACCUUGAAGAUAUGGAAUGACGUCUCAAAUUUUGAGCUCC